UCGGUUAGCAGCUGAGUGCAUUAACCAUUUGCACCACCCAGGGACUCCUUUUCUCUCUUAGAGGUUUGUUUGGUAUUUUGUCCUUAUUAAAAGGCAUAUACACCUUAUCCAGAAAACUUAAGAUUUCUCAGGUAAUAGCCAGGUUUUUGCAAAGAAAUGCUGGAUGCAACACAGGAGACGUCCCAAUAAAAGAUGAGACGAUGCCAAAAAUAUACGUUACCGUUUUUUUGUAUUAAGAAGAAACUCACAACAUAAAAUUAACCAUUUUAAAGCAUACAACUCAGUGGCAUUUAAAACAUUCACAAUGUUGUGCAACCAUUUCCUCUAUCUAGUUCCAAAACAGUUUCAUCACCCCCUGAGGAAACCCUGUAGCCAUUAAGCAGUUGCUCCCCAUUCUCUUCACCCCCGCAACCCCUGGCAACCACUAAUCUGCUUUCUGUCUUUAUGGAUUUACCUCUUCUGGACAUUUCAUAUAAAUGGAAUCAUACAAUAUGUGACCUUUUGUGUACCAUUGUUUUUGUAGACACUCCCCCAUCUAUUGUCCUUCACCAAGAUCAGGGAAUAAAGUUCUUAAAUAUCCAGAAUGAAUGAAACUCCCUACAUUAGUAGUUAAAAUGUUCAGCAUAAGUAUUUUUUGAUCAUUAUAAUUAUGUCUCUAUUCUCUCCAAAGCAAAGUGCUAAGCAUUUAAGUGGACUCUGCCCAUCAACAUGAAUAGGCCCUGCAGGAAGGGAGAGCAGAAAGGCCUGCGGCUUCUGCAGCCUACCCAGGACAGAGGCCAGGCCGCCUGGAGCGCUGGGAGCUGGGCCUACGCAGCCUGAGUGUGGCUACCAUCCCAUGGGGCUGAGGGAUAGCCCCGGCCCUUCGCAAACAGGGAUAGUCUAAUGGGUGUCUGAGGAGUCCAGCGCCUCUAACCACACAUCUUGUGUGUGGUUCAGGAAAACCCAAGUUCAGCUGCCAAAUUCAAGAUGCAACCCUGACAGUUCCGGGCUUUUCUUUCUGCCCUUCCCUAAUCUCCUCUGGGCGUGCUCUCUUAAAGGGGAAGUGGUGCGUUCUGACUGGCCAGGGCCCUCAGCCAGGAGCCAGGAAACAUCAACCACAAGUCAUGGUGCCCAGCGUGUCACUGGCUCAGCCUCUUUAUCCAAACGGCAAGGCCGCCUCCCUGCGAUGUAGAGAAGACACGGGUCAAUGUGUAGACCUUCUCCCUCUCCAGCGUCUCCACCCUCCAAUUCCAGGACGUCACUAGUACAGGUGAAAACAAAAACCAGUUUCAGCGGCCAUAGCUCUGCCAGCAGCACCUCAAAGCCAUUCAAAACGCCCAAAGACAAUCUACUUACCUCCAGCAGCAAACAGCACACAGUCUUUUCUGCAAAAGGAUCAAAGGAUAAACAAUGCAUUCCGGUUCCUGUAGUCAGUUUAGAGAAAAUUCCUAACCUAGUGAAGGCAGAUGGUGCCAAUGUCAAAAUGAACUCGGCAACCACUACUGCAGUCACGUCGUCCUCCACCUCGUCCUCUGCUGUCUCCUCCCCACCUUUAUUUAAGCCGGUUUUGAUGUCCAAGCAAGUGCCACCUUCACCAGAGAAAAUCUUAAAUGGCAAAGGAAUUCUGUCAGCCACAAUAGACAAGAAACAACAAAAUGGCACCAAAAGCAGCAACAAGCCUUACAGGAGACUUUCAGAGAGAGAAUUUGACCCAAAUAAACACUGUGGAGUAUUGGAUCCCGAGACAAAGAAACCUUGCACAAGAUCCCUCACCUGCAAGACACACUCGCUAAGCCAUCGGAGGGCAGUCCCAGGCCGGAAAAAGCAAUUUGACCUCCUUCUGGCGGAACACAAAGCCAAGUCCCGGGAAAAAGAAGUUAAAGAUAAAGAGCAUCUCCUGACUUCAGCAAGGGAAAUACUUCCAUGCCAGUCGGGGCCAGCACAGGAGUCUCUUCCUGGAUCUUCAGGGAACUCUGGGCCAGAAUCUAAAGUUGCAUCCCCUGCAAAAUCCAGGCCUCCCAACUCCAUACUUCCUAGACCAUCAUCUGCAAAUAGCAUAAGUAGCAACGCAUCUUCAAAUCACAGUGGCUACACUCCAGAACCCCCUCUGGCCCCCGUUGGAGGUGACCUCGCCAGCCGACUGUCCAGUGAUGAGGGGGAGAUGGAUGGAGCCGAGGAAUCCGAGAAGUUAGACUGUCAGUUCUCCACACACCAUCCCAGACCUCUUGCGUUUUGCUCAUUUGGGAGUCGCCUCAUGGGACGAGGGUACUAUGUGUUUGAUAGAAGAUGGGAUCGUUUUCGAUUCGCACUAAACUCCAUGGUAGAGAAACACUUGAAUUCACAGAUGUGGAAGAAGAUCCCUCCUGCGGCAGAUAGCCCCAUGCCCUCGCCAGCAGCCCACAUCACCACCACCGUUCCGGCAUCAGUCCUACAGCCUUUCAGCAACCCCAGUGCUGUGUAUCUUCCUUCAGCUCCCAUCAGCUCAAGACUCACCUCUUCUUACAUAAUGACAUCCGCCAUGCUCUCAAAUGCAGCUUUUGUGACAUCGCCAGACCCGAGCGCCCUCAUGUCACACACCACAGCUUUCCCUCAUGUGGCUGCAACCCUCAGCAUCAUGGACUCAACCUUCAAGGCCCCCUCUGCCGUGUCCCCGAUACCAGCUGUCAUCCCUUCCCCAUCCCACAAGCCAUCCAAAACCAAAACCAGCAAAUCCUCAAAAGUCAAAGACCUGUCCGCCCGUAGCAACGAGUCUCCAAGUAACAAAAAGAGGAAGCCGCAGUCUUCGACUUCCUCUUCUUCUUCCUCCUCACUAUCCUUGCAGACAUCCCUCUCGUCUCCAUUAUCAGGGCCUCACAAAAAGAACUGUAUUUUGAACGCCAGUUCAGCUUUGAACUCCUAUCAGGCAGCCCCUUCCUAUAACAGUCUGUCUGUGCACAACUCAAACAAUGGGGUGAGCCCACUCUGUGCCAAACUGGAGCCCUCAGGACGGACCUCGCUGCCCGGCGGCCCCGCGGACUCAGUGAGACAUGUGGGCGCGGUGGGUGGUGGCAGUGACUCCUGUCCCCUCUCUGUGCCCUCCCUUGCGCUCCACGCAGGGGACCUCUCUCUGGCCUCACACAAUGCCGUGUCUUCUCUGCCCCUCUCUUUUGACAAAUCAGAAGGAAAAAAACGUAAGAACUCAAGCGCUAGUAGCAAAGCAUGUAAAAUCACUAAAAUGUCUGGUAUGAAUAGCGUUCACAAAAAGAACCCGCCCAGUCUUCUCGCACCGGUGCCCGAUCCCGUUAACAGCACCUCCUGUCGGCAGGUUGGGAAAAAUAGCAGCCUAGCUUUGUCACAAUCCAGUCCUUCAAGCAUAUCCAGCCCAGGACACAACCGACAGAAGACUACAAACAGAACGAGCAGGAUAAGGACUCUUCCAUAACAAGAAUAUGAAGCCACUUCCAAACCAAUCCUGGCCACCGGAUCCCCCCAGGAGGCCUUGGCCCCCAGGAGGCCUUGGCGAGAGGAGGAGGGAGGGAGUGGGUGGUUGGAGAAAGUCAAUUUCCUGUGCCCUGCCUGUGGCUCUGGCCUUUCUUCUUUUUUAAAAAAUUGACCAAUUUUUAGUUUUGAAGAAAAAGAAAAAGGCAAAAGAACGUGAAUUUGAGAUUUACCGAAAACAAUACCAGUGUUUUGUUUCCGUUGUCUUUCCUUUCAUUUGCCACCAGUUUAUACAUUUUUCCAGAUCUGGGAUCACUACUCCAGCUUCUGAUGCUACUGUUGCACCAUCAUUUUGCCCCAGCCAUCGAGCGCAGACAUGGCAGAAUGUCAGUUCCAGGUUGGCAUUGCCUGAAGCUCUUGAACUUUAGGAUGUGAAAUGCUCCUCUUCCUCCUUGUCCUCUCCCCCAUUUCCCUCCCACCCACCGCUUACUGGGUCCCCACUGGCCAUAGAAGGAGCUGGCUCUCACUAGCCCACCUCAUAACAGCGUGCUGGGGACCCUGUGCUGGAGAGUAGCUGAGAACAGGGAGUUGGAGGUUGGGCAAGGUGCCCUCAUCAGGUUUCUGUGGCCCACUAGGGCUGGAGCCAAAUACUAUGGGCAAAAUCGAGAAGAGCAGCCAUUUAAUGAUGUGGUUUACUCAAUACUACUAUCCAGCCCAGAAAGGAUAUAUGGGGUUAGGGACAGGGGCUGGAAUGGGCCUGGAAUGGUGACAGGAAGCAGAGUGUAGGGGUGAGGGGUGAUUGUGUUGGUCUGCCCUUGUUAGGAAUCCUCUCUGCAGAAACCCUCCCAGGGUCCAGUGUGCAAGAGCCCAAAGCUGAGUGAGCCAGAAAGGAAGGAAUCCCAGAGAAAGGCAGCAAGAGGCCAGGAAACCGCUCCUUGAGGAUGCUCAGUGCCCCCAGCUGCUGAACGUGCUCUAGCUGCCCUCCAGGGCCAGGCAAGGGGAAAAAAAGCAGGGGGAGGAAAGAGGGCUUCCAGGGGGCAAGCUACCGUGGAGGGUUAGGUGAUGUAUCAGACCCCUUGUGAGAACAAAUACUAGCACUCCCAACCCACCUCCAUCCUGGGCCCCAGGGACACCACAGGAUCAGCACACCCAUAGAUCAGCUUGCACUAGGUUAUCAGAUGCCCUCAUAUCUGAUACAGCCCCCACAGGAAUGAGUGGUAAAGAAGAGCCAUUUGGAAGAGCCAGAAGAGAGAGAAGUUGGAACCCUGCGGCUGUAUAUCUAACUGUUCACACUGGAGUUUGGAAAGAAACAGCAAUACCAUAAGCUCUAAUAGGGAAUCAUAAUCAGGAAAGGGAUUCACAAUAUAAAACAGGGAUUCUAUUCUGUUAAUCAAGGAGCCCUGGUGGUGCAGUGGUUAAGUGCUCGGCUACUAACUGAAAGGUUGGCGGUUCGAACCUACCAGCCCCUCUUGGAGAGAACAA